GGAAGAUGGCCGACCAAAUCCCGCUGCGCCCGGUACCGCGCAGCACCCAACGGAGGGCGGCUUAUUACACUAACGCCCCCGCCGCUCAGCGGCAUAACAGGUAUCAAGUUGAAGAUGAGUUCUCUCACUUGGAUGAAAUGCCCUUAAUGAUGUCAGAAGAAGGCUUUGAAAAUGAUGAGAGUGAUUACCAUACUUUACCAAGAGCCAGGACUUCUCAGAGAAAAAGAGGCUUAGAAUGGUUUGUGUGUGGUGGCUGGAAGUUUCUUUGCACCAGUUGCUGUGACUGGCUCAUAAAUGUUUGCCGAAGAAAGAAAGAACUCAAAGCACGGACAGUAUGGCUUGGAUGUCCUGAAAAAUGUGAAGAAAAGUAUCCAAGAAAUGCUAUAAAAAAUCAAAAAUACAAUAUAUUUACAUUUAUACCUGGGGUUUUAUAUGAACAGUUCAAGUUUUUCUUGAAUCUUUAUUUUCUCGUUGUCUCCUGCUCACAGUUUGUACCAGCGCUGAAAAUAGGCUACCUCUACACCUAUUGGGCUCCUCUGGGAUUUGUUUUGGCUGUCACAGUGGUACGGGAGGCAGUUGAUGAAUUUCGUCGUUACCAGCGAGACAAGGAAAUGAACUCGCAGUUAUAUAGCAAGCUCACAAUACGAGGUAAAGUGCAAGUUAAAAGCUCAGACAUUCAAGUUGGAGACCUCAUCAUAGUGGAAAAGAAUCAGCGAAUCCCAUCUGACAUGGUGUUUCUAAGAACUUCAGAAAAAACAGGUUCAUGUUUUAUCCGAACUGAUCAGCUAGAUGGUGAAACAGACUGGAAACUCAAAGUUGCUGUUAGCUGCACACAGAGGUUACCAGCUUUAGGGGAUCUUUUUUCAAUCAAUGCAUAUGUUUAUGCUCAGAAGCCACAAAUGGAUAUUCACAGCUUUGAGGGUACAUUUACACGGGAAGACAGUGAUCCAACUGUUCAUGAAAGCCUAAGUAUAGAAAAUACAUUAUGGGCAAGCACUGUUGUUGCUUCAGGAACAGUAAUUGGUGUUGUCAUUUAUACGGGAAAAGAGACUCGAAGUGUAAUGAACACAUCCAAUCCAAAGAACAAGGUUGGUUUGCUGGACCUUGAACUGAAUCAACUGACCAAAGCACUGUUCUUGGCUCUAGUUGCACUUUCACUUGUUAUGGUAACCUUGCAAGGGUUUGUGGGUCCAUGGUACCGCAACCUUUUUCGGUUUCUCCUCCUUUUUUCCUACAUAAUCCCUAUCAGUUUACGGGUGAACUUAGAUAUGGGCAAAGCAGCCUAUGGAUGGAUGAUUAUGAAGGAUGACCAUAUCCCUGGGACAGUUGUCCGGACCAGCACCAUACCUGAAGAACUGGGGCGUCUAGUAUAUCUGCUGACUGAUAAAACAGGCACACUGACCCAGAAUGAGAUGAUAUUUAAGCGCCUCCACCUAGGCACGGUGUCAUAUGGAACAGACACAAUGGAUGAAAUUCAGAAUCAUAUUUUCAGUUCCUACUCUCAGGCUCAUUCUCAAUCAAGUGGAAACAGUACCAGUGCAACACCUUCCCGAAAAGUACAAUCUUCUGCACCUAAAGUCCGAAAAACUGUCAGCAGUCGAAUACACGAAGCAGUAAAAGCUAUUGCAUUAUGUCAUAAUGUUACACCUGUAUAUGAAUCCCGAGCAGGAGUGACUGGAGAAACAGAAUAUGCAGAAGUAGAUCAGGAUUUCAGUGAUGAAAAUAGAACUUAUCAAGCUUCUAGCCCUGAUGAGGUAGCCCUGGUGCAAUGGACAGAAAGUGUUGGCCUUACUUUGGUCAAUAGGGAUCUUACUUCGAUGCAGCUGAAAACCCCUAGUGGGCAAAUUCUGACAUACUACAUCCUGCAAAUUUUCCCUUUUACAUCUGAGAGCAAGCGAAUGGGAAUCAUAGUGAGAGAUGAAUCUACAGGGGAAAUCACAUUUUACAUGAAAGGUGCAGAUGUUGCCAUGUCCACCAUUGUUCAGUAUAAUGACUGGCUAGAAGAAGAGUGUGGUAACAUGGCAAGAGAAGGACUACGCACACUGGUGGUUGCCAAAAAAUCAUUAACAGAAGAACAGUACCAAGAUUUUGAGAACAGAUAUAACCAAGCAAAAUUAAGUAUACAUGACAGAACCCUCAAAGUGGCUGCAGUUGUGGAGAGUUUAGAAAGAGAAAUGGAAUUGUUGUGCCUCACUGGAGUUGAAGAUCAGUUACAGGCUGAUGUUAGGCCAACUCUGGAAAUGCUGCGAAAUGCUGGCAUAAAGAUAUGGAUGCUAACAGGUGAUAAAUUGGAGACUGCCACUUGUAUCGCAAAAAGUUCUCACUUGGUAUCCAGAACACAAGAUAUUCAUAUUUUCAGACCUGUAACCAGUCGUGGAGAGGCUCACUUGGAACUAAAUGCAUUCAGGAGGAAACACGACUGUGCUUUGGUAAUAUCUGGAGACUCUCUGGAGGUCUGUUUGAAGUACUAUGAACAUGAAUUUGUAGAAUUAGCAUGUCAGUGCCCAGCUGUAGUAUGCUGCCGAUGUUCACCCACCCAAAAAGCCCACAUUGUAAAAUUAUUACAGCAUCACACUGGAAAACGUACAUGUGCAAUAGGUGAUGGAGGAAAUGAUGUUAGUAUGAUCCAGGCAGCAGAUUGUGGAAUUGGAAUUGAAGGAAAGGAGGGAAAGCAAGCUUCCUUGGCUGCUGACUUUUCCAUUACACAAUUUAAACACAUUGGCAGGCUACUGAUGGUACAUGGUCGCAAUAGCUACAAAAGAUCGGCAGCACUUGGUCAGUUUGUCAUGCACAGAGGCCUUAUUAUUUCAACUAUGCAGGCUGUGUUUUCUUCAGUCUUCUACUUUGCAUCUGUUCCUUUAUACCAGGGUUUCCUAAUGGUAGGGUACGCAACCAUAUACACUAUGUUUCCAGUCUUCUCCUUAGUGCUGGAUCAGGAUGUUAAACCAGAAAUGGCACUACUAUAUCCUGAACUUUACAAAGACCUUACUAAGGGAAGAUCUUUGUCAUUUAAGACCUUCCUCAUCUGGGUUUUAAUUAGUAUUUAUCAAGGUGGUAUUCUGAUGUAUGGAGCACUCUUACUUUUUGAAUCUGAGUUUGUCCAUGUCGUUGCCAUUUCCUUCACUGCUCUUAUCCUGACUGAGCUCUUGAUGGUUGCACUUACCAUACGAACGUGGCACUGGUUAAUGGUGGUAGCUGAAUUCUUCAGUCUUGGCUGCUAUGUGGCCUCUCUUGCAUUUCUAAAUGAAUAUUUUGGUAUAGGCAGAGUGUCUUUUGGAGCUUUCUUAGAUGUUGCCUUUAUCACUACUGUGACCUUCCUGUGGAAAGUGUCAGCGAUCACCAUAGUAAGCUGUCUUCCACUUUAUAUUCUGAAGUACUUAAAACGUAAAUUUUCUCCUCCAAGUUACUCCAAACUUACCUCGUAAAAAUGAUGAACAUCUGGAAGGGGAAGGAUAGACCUACAUGACUCUAGCUAGAAAUUGCUUCAAGCAUACUCCUCCUUCAGUUUGUGGUAAGUUAAACAGAGGGAAAGAAUGACAAGAAAAGAGAGGAGCAGACAGAGCACAAAAACGAUGGGAGCAUCUGAUAGAUUUCAUAGUGAACUAUAUUUAAAAAAAAACAUCCAGAUAAGUUUGUGUAAUUUUUUUUGGCUUCUAAGUUAAUACUGCUUCUGAUUGAUUUAAUUACUACUGUAAAGGAUUUAUUCCUACUGCACUAAUUUUUUUCUGCAUAGGGGACAGAAAAUUCCCCCCAUGGUAAUAAUUUCCUAACAGUCUCAUUCUUUGAUAGAAAUAUUAAUUCAUUCCCACAUAAAUAAAGUGUAACAAGACUAGAAACUGUAAAUGCCGUUGUCUGUAUUUGCUGCUAUAUGUAACUCUGAUAUAUGCACUAUAUGAAUUAUAUACAGAUGUCUGCGUAGCACAGUAUUAGUUGGGGAGCCGUUGUUCUCUUUUCUGUAUUCUCCAUUGCUAGCUGCAUUAAGACUUGUGAAUAUCUGAGUUAUUGAUAGCAGCCUUUCCGAUGCACAUGGGAGCAAAAUUGCACAAAAAACAUGGUGGAAAUAAAUUUCUGUACAUAAUUCUGUUGCACCUACUGAUCUGUAUAGACCACCAAGGCUUUUACUGUUCAGUAAAUGUUUGAUAAGUUCCUACCAAUUUUAUAUUUGUAAAACUGCACUCAAGAAGUGUCAGCACAGUACUGGCCAUUUCAUAUAUAUCAGUUAACCUUGUGUUACUUAAUGGAAACAAUCCACCAAGCACUUCUAUGUCACUUUGAAUCAUUUUUAGAGGAGAUUCUACACAAGCCCCCUUGACAUGAAUGGAAGUUUUGUGGCAGCAAAAGCUCCUGUUCAGUUAUCCAUUCACGUACAGGAGUUCCUAUGCCUGUUCACAGUUCCUCUGCCUGGAACAAUUUUCUGAUUUCAGUGGGUUCGGGGGGCAGGGAGCUGAUUCCCACACACAUUCUUUUGUCCAAGCAGACUGGCUUUAAUUGAAAUUGAGAAAGAAGAUCUUCGCACAUACCAGAGUUCCAAAUCUACAUAGACUUUACACAGAUGUGUAGGCGUUAUCAUUACAUUGCCUUGUGAUCUGUUUACUGAAGAUUACUCAGGUAAAAAUAAUAAAAUUGACAUAUAAAUAAUGGUAGAAAAUCCAUCAUCUUCCAAACCAUAAAUAUUUGAGUUCCUACAAGAAAAGAAAAUAACACUCUCAUCUGAUAUAAUCUUGAAGGAUAGUUGUCUAAAUCCUAUGUACUGUACUGUUAUGCAGGACAGGGUUUUAUUUUCCACAGCGGCGUUUCCUUUUUCAUGAAAAAUGUUUCCAGUUUAUUCACAACAGUCAGUUACCAGAUGAAAGAAUAAACAUAAUUUAACCAUCCUUCUUUAUUAAAGAAGAUUUUUGUACAUUUUAAUCACUUAAGAAUUGCCUUUUUAUAUCACAUUGUUUUGUUAGUUGCUUCACAACGAAAUCUUUUUUGUAGUCCCUUAAAACAAGUUUCUUACAUCGUUAUUUUAUAAUGAUGGUAAACCUUAACACUUCCUGAAAGACUGUUGCAGAACUAUUUGAAUUACAAUCUACUCCAUCUGUUCUGAAGAUGUUUAACAGUAAUUGAUCCUUGCUUUUUUAUUUUUUAAAACAUUUUCAUUAUAAAAGCAAUAAAGUCUAAUUUCUACCAAAUAUUAUUAUUGACGUUCUGUAAAAUAAAUGUGUUUGGUAGUGUUUCUUUACGCUGUGCUCAUUCAUCUGUUUUCUGUAACCGUAUACAGCAAACAAUUAAUCAUAAUAGCCACUAGAUGUCACUAUGUUUGGGAUUUUCUUUGUGCCAGCUCAUGGCUUCGCUCGUUAUAUGAGAAACUUGCCAAAUUUUGUUUUAACUUGGCUUUAGUUUCCCCUUUUCAGUUGCUAGAUCAUUUUGGACCUCAUAUAUAUAUAAACAAAUACAAAUAAACAACAACUAAUGAACAGAACAGUCCGCUGUAUUAUAGUCAAUGUCUUUUUUUUUUUUACUGUAACUCUUUACCUGUAUGUUGAGUAGGCAAAUCUUUACUGUGUGGAACUCAUUCCAUGAACAAAGCUUAAAAAUGCUCUGUUAUCCUUGAUUUACAAUACUUUUUAUUGUGGGCUAAGUUAAUAAGAAAACAAAUUUAGACUUGACUGGACAGAUGCAAGGUAUAGUUUAACCCUAGCAUUUUUGUGUACAAGAACUCCAGUAUAUACAUAUACUUGUAUUCUGUGUAUUCUAUGUAUAUAAAUGUGUAUAUAUGUAUAUUAAAA